UGUUUUUAUUUUAUUUUUCAUUGCUCACAAUGCUCACCUCUGCUUUCACGCACAACCACAACCGCAUCACCCAUUUGUCUACCCACCCACCCAGACUCGGAUAGCCUCUCCAGCCCCAAUCGCCUCAGCCUGUCAGACGGGUCAGAGGACCAGCUCGACCGUCUGCAGCAGGUGGAGCUGGCCAGGACAACGCCCAUGUCUCUGUGGAGGGCAGGCACCGUGCAGGCCUGGCUGGAGGUUGUCAUGGCGAUGCCCAUGUACAUUCGCACCUGCUCAGAAAACGUCAAAAGCGGCAAGGUUUUACUGGGGUUAACGGAUGAAGACCUGGAGCUGGGUCUAGGUGUCAGCAAUUUGAUGCAUCGUCGGAAACUCCGCCUGGCCAUUGAAGAUUACAGAGAUGUUGAGAACGGCAGAGGGUAAGGAAGGGCCAUAGUGGUCCUUAUUGUAAACUGCCUGUUACUUGAUGGCGUAUGGGGGCCACCUGUCGGUGAUUUAUUGUACAUGCAUUUACCUAAUGCAUGAAGGAUCUCGUUUUUGGCUUUUUACCACACAGGAAGUUUAAACAAAUGCAAGAGUCCCAAGGCUGUUACAGCUCUUGAAAGCUUCCUAGGGGCAUGAAAGGCAUGCAGGUCAGCUAAACUGAAGUCUGUCUAAAUUGUUCCUGUAUGAAUCAUAAACACAUAUGUGGCAAGUAUAAGCUUAUUUGUUUUAACCAACAGUUACACUGUAUGGAAGUUUAGCCAAGUAGCAGGUUUAAGAUCAAGGUGUCUGGGUUUUGAAAUAUUCAGUUCAGUAACCCUAAAGCACUGAAGAAUUGCAUUUGAAAAAUUUAGCAGCAGCGUGUCUUUCUCGAGUCAGUUUCCCCCCUUACUCUGGCCUUGAUGUGCAAAGUUCGAAGAAUUCUCUGUGAAACUGCUUUAUAGCAAAGAAAUAAUCCCUUCAAAAACUUUCUGCAGUGAGUUCCUUUACAUAUGUGAUAUUUAGGGCUGCAUGUGGUUAUCAUUAUUCAAUAAUCUAAUCCAACU